UGACUAUAAACGCACUUGGAAUGCAGACGACCAGUUUAGUCGUACCAGUAAUCGUACCACGUCGCAGUGUGUGGUUUGUCUUCUUGUAGAAGUCGCCUCUCGUAAAAAACUAUUGCUCGUACAUCCAGGUAAAAUGAUAAGACAAAUAUUCUUGUUUGUUUUUGGAUUGACAAUUGUUGUAGCACAGAGGAGAUUAGCAUUACCAGAUCCACGCAGUUGCUCUAGUAGAAUUCGUCAUGCUUCAUAUCGAGAUGCCCGUGGAGUUACACAUUCCUAUUUUUUCAGCUGGGAACAUGCCCCUACUAAAAGCUUGGAAGUAGAUUGGCUUGAUGCCAGGAACAUCUGUCGUAGACAUUGCAUGGAUGCUGUAAGUUUAGAAACUCCACAAGAGAAUGAGUUCGUCAAGCAAAGAAUAUCUAGAGGAAAUAUAAGAUACAUUUGGACGUCGGGACGAAAAUGUAACUUUAACGGAUGUGACCGUCCCGAUUUGGUACCGGCUAAUGUCAACGGUUGGUUUUGGUCUGGUUCUGGUGCAAAAAUUGGACCAACCACUCAACGUAAUUCUGGUGACUGGAGCCACACAGGAGGGUUUGGGCAAGCACAACCAGAUAACAGGGAAGCACCACAAGGCAAUGAUGAAUCAUGUUUAGCCGUAUUGAAUAAUUUUUACCAAGACGGAGUGAAAUGGCACGAUGUUGCAUGUCACCAUUUAAAACCAUUUGUAUGCGAAGACAGUGAUGAACUUUUAAACUUUGUACGUUCGCGCAACCAAGGAAUUCGUCUAUAAGAUACUUUGUAAUCUUGUAUUUAAGUAAAUUAUGUUAAUAUAUUCAUUAAAGCACGAAAAAAAA